GUGUCGUAAAACUGGUCCAUGUGACGCUGUAGCUGAACUGAAGUCGGAGCGGCUGCACAGGGCUAGUGUGUCCGUGUGUGUGUGUGUGUCUGCAGGUUAGUCCUCUCUUGUUUUAGCCGACAGUAACUCUUCUUCCAAGCAUGGCAGCUGCCGACGAGUUCAUGAAGUACCGUUCCCCGCUGGUGUCCAGAUAUGCCAGCAAGGAAAUGGCCUACAACUUCAGUGACAGGAAGAAAUUCACAACCUGGAGGAAGCUGUGGAUCUACUUGGCUAAAGCAGAGAAGGCUUUGGGUCUGCCGAUCACAGACGUCCAGGUCCAGGAGAUGGAGAGCCAUGCAGAGAACAUCGACUUUGCCAUGGCCGCUGAGGAAGAACGCAAGCUUAGACACGAUGUCAUGGCUCACGUCCACACCUUUGCACACUGUUGCCCCAAUGCUGCCCCCAUCAUCCACCUUGGAGCUACCUCUUGCUACGUGGGAGACAAUACUGAUCUUAUUAUGCUGCGUGAUGGAUUUGACAUUCUGUUGCCUAAGCUGGCCAGAGUCAUUGACAGACUGGCAAACUUUGCAGAAAAAUAUGCUGACCUCCCCACGCUUGGCUUCACACACUACCAACCCGCCCAGUUGACGACCGUCGGAAAGCGGACAUGUCUGUGGCUGCAGGACUUAGCCAUGGACAUGAGGAACCUUCAGCGGGCCCGCGAUGACCUGCGUUUCCGAGGAGUCAAGGGGACCACCGGUACCCAGGCCAGCUUCCUGCAGCUCUUCCAAGGAGAUCAUGAUAAGGUGGAAGAGCUUGACAGAAUGGUGACGGAGAUGGCUGGCUUCAAGAAAGCCUACCUGGUGACCGGACAGACGUACAGCCGCAAAGUGGACAUAGACUCUCUGUCCACCCUGGCCAGUUUGGGAGCUACUGUUCACAAGAUCUGUACUGACAUCCGCCUGCUAGCUAACCUCAAGGAGAUCGAGGAGCCUUUUGAAAAAGAACAGAUCGGUUCAAGUGCCAUGCCCUACAAGAGGAACCCAAUGCGUGCUGAGCGCUGUUGCAGCCUGGCCCGACAUCUGUUGGCGCUGAUGUCUGACCCUCUGCAGACGGCCUCGGUCCAGUGGCUGGAGAGGACGCUGGACGACAGCGCCAACAGGAGGAUCUCUCUGCCUGAGUCCUUCCUCACAGCAGACAUCAUCCUCAGUACUCUGCAGAACAUCACAGAGGGACUGGUGGUCUACCCCAAAGUCAUAGAGAGGCACAUCCGCCAUGAGCUGCCCUUCAUGGCCACAGAGAAUAUCAUUAUGGCCAUGGUGAAGGCUGGAGGGAACAGACAGGACUGCCAUGAGAAGAUCCGUGUUCUGUCCCAGGAGGCAGCAGCUGUGGUCAAACAGGAGGGCGGCGACAACGACCUGCUGGCGAGGGUCAAGGCCGACGCCUACUUCGCGCCCAUUCUGGGGCAGUUGGACGCACUGCUGGAACCCAAGACUUUCAUUGGCCGAGCUCCCCAGCAGGUGGCCAGGUUCCUGUCUGAGGAAGUGCGCCCUCUGCUGGAGCCCUACAAGGCCAAGAUGGACGUGAAGAUUGAGCUUGAACUCUGACACACACGGACACACGUGCACAAAAGAAACCGGCUUCAUCUUGGUGUGUGACCAUGUGUUGUACCUCAAUAAAAACAACUGCAUUAUU